UCUAGGAUCUUUUUAUCUUUUUUUUAUUAUUAUUAUUUUUAAAGUAGGCUCCACGCCCACCUGGGGCUUGAACUGACCUGAGAUCAAAUCGCUUGCACUACCGACUGAGCCAGCGAGGCGCCCCUGCGGUCUUUUGAAAAGGCCAUGGGGGAUCAGGACUUACCUGGUGUGUUGGUGUCUGGAUUGGAGGGAUCUUAUGGGAUAUGUGAAGAUCACGUUGGAGAUCUGCAGAAACACUUUAAUCUCAUUACCUUGCAAGAAUUUUUGGAAAAUAAAACGCAAUUUGGCCCAAAGAUCCAAGCUGUAUAUAUCUGGGGAGGAAGGCCAGCUAUUGACCAGGAGCUCCUGGGGAGCCUGCCCUCCUUGAAGAUAAUUGCCAGCGCAGGAGUAGGUCUCGAUCACCUGGACCUGAAGCUCAUCGCCAACUUUGGUGUGAAGGUAGCCAACACACCACAGGCCGUGUCCAACCCCACGGCAGACAUGGGGAUGGCCUUACUGCUGGCUGCAGCUCGCAGGGUCGUGGAAGGUCAUAUGUUGGCCAGUGCACCAGAUACAGAGACAUUUUCUACAAACUGGGUGGGUCAAGAGGUGACGGGGGCCACUCUGGGGCUCAUUGGCAUGGGCAGCAUUGGUUAUAAGAUUGCUCAGAGAGCCAAAGCAUUCGAAAUGAAGGUUCUGUAUCACAACAGGAGACGCAGGAAAUUAGAGGAGGAGGAAGCUGUUGGUGCCACUUACUGUGAGAGUCUGGAUGAUUUGCUUCAGCGAUCAGACUUCGUGCUGUUGGCUGUGAGCCUGACGCCCCAGACCCAGAGGCUGAUUGGGAAGAGGGAGCUGAGUCUGAUGAAGCCCACAGCCAUUCUCAUCAACAUCGGCAGAGGUCUGUUAGUCGAUCAGGACGCGCUGAUGGAGGCUCUUCAGACUGGGGUCAUCAAAGGGGCAGCGCUGGACGUGACGUACCCGGAGCCCCUGCCCAGAGACCACCCUUUAUUGAAGUUGAGCAACAUCGUUCUGACGCCUCACCUCGGAAGCGCUACGCACCAAGCCAGACGACAGAUGAUGGAGAAUCUGGUGCAAAGCAUCCUGGCCUCUCUCAACGGCCUUCCCGUUCCUAAUGAAGUGCUCCUUAAAUGAUCUCAUGUGGGCUAACCAGGGCAAUGACAGAUUAAACGGGAAAAAAUCUUA